AGGAGGGCUUUAAAAGCGCGCGCGCGGCCCGCCGGCCUCUCCGACAGGUCCAGGCAGACCGCGCGCUUCCCGGCUGCGGGACAGGAGCCUCGGCCGCGAUGCUGGCGCUGAGCUGGGCCCGCCGCUGGGCGCCUCUGCUCUCGCGGGCCCCCGGGGAGCUGCCGCUCUCCUCGCCCUCCGCGCCCCGGUCCUCCCUGCGCGCCGCGGAGCUGGGCCGCCGCCUCUGCAGCAGCGCCACCGGGCUGCGCGGCGGGGGCGACGACGGCGACGACGACGACAACCCGGUGGUGUUCCUGGACGUGGGCGCCGACAACCAGCCGCUGGGCCGCGUGGUGCUGGAGCUGAAUGCUGAUGUGGUACCCAAAACAGCAGAAAACUUCAGAGCUCUCUGCACUGGCGAAAAAGGUUUUGGAUACAAAGGAUCUACCUUCCACAGAGUGAUUCCUUCGUUCAUGUGCCAGGGUGGCGACUUUACCAAUCACAACGGCACUGGAGGCAAGUCUAUAUAUGGCAGUCGGUUUCCUGACGAAAACUUCGAACUGAAGCACGUUGGGGCAGGUGUUCUCUCAAUGGCCAAUGCAGGACCCAACACCAAUGGGUCUCAGUUCUUCAUUUGCACAGCCAAAACUGAUUGGCUAGAUGGGAAACAUGUUGUCUUUGGCCACGUGAAGGAAGGGAUGGACGUUGUGAAAAAAAUCGAGACCUUUGGCUCCAAGAGCGGGAAGCCAUCAAAGAAAAUAGUCAUAACCGAUUGCGGCCAGCUGUCCUAACAGAAGAAGGACCGCUCCUCUCUGGAGAAUUGUUCUGGAGCCUCCUGUGUGCAUUUCUCUCCUGGAUUUUGUACUAAGAAAAUAAAAACUUUACUGAGCCAUAGUUGAGAAGAGUUUAAAUAUUGGGGGAAAUCCACUGGUCAAGUGUACGAUUUUAUGCUUUCAGCUUAACUUAGCUGUACUAUUGUUCUGUGUGUUGAUAAUAGAAAGUUAGGCCGCUAAUAGAAAGAAGGCCGCUAAGCGCAAGAUUGUAAGCGAGCCUCCAAGUACCUCAGUCCUCAGCACUGCGAAUGUAUUACAGACGUGCAAACGCUGAAUGUCAAGGAUCCUAACCAGUGUGUUCCCAUCUAACUAGCUUGAAAAGACUGUCUGAUUGCUGUUCACUGACAAACCUACAGCAACUGUGGAUUGAUAUUUCAAACAUGGGUAGUCGAAUGGUUAACCGUUUUGUUGACCUCUCUAAAAGUCCCAACUGCUCACUCAGAUGACUUAACGGGUAAUUCUUCUUCCCUAAAGUGCAUUUUCAUCUGUUUGGUAGCAGGCUCAGUGCCUUCAUGGCAGACCUUGGACUUUGGUUCUGUAGGAUAUCUUUACCAUCUGAAAAGAUAAGCAUGUCCUGGCUAUUGGAGCAGCAGUUAAUGGGUAAGCAGCGAAGUUGAUGGAUUCCCUACAGCUCUCUGGAUUCGUCCUUACUUGGGCCACCAAUAAAUGCUUCAGUGAAGAAGGUUAAAUGUUUGCAUCAGUCGCUUAAAGCAAACACAUGUGACAUACCUACUGUUAGGACUGAAAUCUGGGAACAGACCAAACCGUGGAGGAAGCUUAUUUAAUUUUCAUGAAAGAAAUGGAAGAUUAGCUAAAUCUGUUCCACUUGCAACUGUGAAUUCCUUUGAAAUGCUAUAUGGGGAAGGGCUCUGUUCGAAAGACGAAUUGGAAACAAGAGUGCUGUGCUAUCAUGGACCAUGUUAAACUCAAGAGUCAAACGAUUAGGCAUGUUGAUAGAAUCAUGUUGGGGAAAGGAAUUCAGGCUGUCGUCGUUAAGCCCUCUCUAACAUAUCUACUUGAUCAGCAAAUGAACCUGAUGCAACUCGGAGCGGCCCUUGAACAACGAGGGCUUUUAUCGUAUCAACAUCACAAACAAGAUGUCUGUUUUGAUAUCAUGGUAAUUGUUCCAGUUUCUUCUGUGAUGCCCACAAAUAAUUCUGGGAAGAAUCUCUUCUUUCUCACACCCUGAAUUAGUUAGCUGGGUUCCCAGUGAGAAAAAGGUCAACUGAUUUGUAGCGUAAGUAUGUGUAGGAUUGCUCGAACACAGCAACCAGUAGCAUUGUCUUCUCAGGUAUAUAACAGUGAGUUCAGAUUUCAUAGCAAGUUAAGAUAGAUCAUAGGUCCUGAGUAAAAAAUAUUAAAUAGAAUUGCCUUAUCUCUUUACAUGUGAGCGAGGGUAGCUGGUGGUGAUCCCCUUUAUUUUUGAUGACUGAAAUAAGUGUUGCAGUCUGUUUGAAACAAGGAAAUGGACCAGCCUGUGUUGAACUGGCAUUUGCAGAAUGCAGCCAGGCGCUUGCUAACUGCAUGUAAAUCUGUUAAAGGGAGCCAUUUUUUAACUGGACACUUCUGAACAGGAGCAGAAAGCUAGUCCCUAAGUAUGCUAUAAUGUGUUAAACUAUUUAAAGACGCUUUUAGAUACGAUGGGAUGCAUGUAGCAACGUGCGAACAGAAAUCAACAGAUUUCAGUGUUCUUUAGAGAUCAUUUGCAAGUGGGAUUUUUCCGUUUCACACAGUAAAAUCCAGCGUUAAAAAAAUGGAUUGGAAAAACAUUGUGUGUGUGUAAAAUCACCACCAUUGUCCUCCUGGUUGGAUGGAUUGUACGCCAUCUUCUGUUUUGCAGAUACACACAAUGUCAUACAUGUGUGAGAUUUUGCACAACAAUUUCCUCGUUUUCCUGUCUUCCAUCUUAGAGAAGCCAUUUUGAGAAUGAUGAAGCAGCUGGAUUCUCUUCCUGAAACCCUGGGACUGGCUGCACAUUAUUCUGCAAAUAAAUCCAAGCAGGGAUGCCAUUAAGUCUGACAUAGCACAAGCUUCUACUGUGGUCUCUCUUUUUUUUGCAUUUUCCUCUUGUGUGAGCAGAAAGCUUGCUGGUUCCAACUCUUCAUGUUGAGGGAGGGACAUGCUUGCUACAAGUCAGCAGUUACAAUGUGAAGAACCUUUUUUUGGUCAUGCAAGUUGACUUCUGUAACAAUGGUAACAUGUUUAGCAUUAGACCCAGGCAUGUGAUUCAAGGUACUAUUCAUGCAUUGUUGGAGUAUGUUUGAAAUACUUGAUUCAACUUGUUCAGCUUAUGUGCACUAUCAAUAAAUGGUAUUUUUGUUACAUGUU